CUAGGGCAGCGGCUAAAUAGUUCUAGAUUCCCCCCGUCUUCCGUUCCAUCCAUCAACAAGUUUUGGGAUGGUUGUACAGGUACAUGCAUGUACUGUACUGUACAUAUAUACAUACUACACAGAGAGCGAAACGGGGAGUUGGACUCAGCAUCAGAUAUUUUUAACUAUGUUUUGGUAUCUUAUGCCUGAUGGGUGGAGAAGGAAUAAUCAACAGCAGUAAGUUAACUAACUAUGAGACAAUGGGGAUAAUAAACCUGCCCUUUUUCAAAUCAUUCUUGUUUGUUGAUGCUCGAGCGGAACCGCGGGAAGGAGGAAGUCAAUCUCUGUUUUCUGUUUUCCUUAUGCGCUUCAUCCAUUUCCCCGUUCUCAUCAUCAUCUGUCUGUCUCCUCUCUCUCUCUCUCUCUCUCUCUCUCUCUCUCUCUCUCUCUCUCUCUCUCUCUAUCUACCCCACGCAUCACCACAAUUUCGAGUCAUUCUUUGGGCAAUUUUGGGCCACGCAUCAUCGAGCAACCAGCGCACAUAUACAGCGUGUAAAUCGCCAUUAAUAUAGCGAGCGGGGCUGGGAUCGGCUGCGGCUCCACUUGGCCUGACUUCUCCGCAUGACCUUCAUUCAUUGACCAAACCUAACCUCCUCGUCGCUCGCUUCUUCUUCUUCUUAUACCAACUCCCAACUCCCAACUCCCUACUCCCUACUCCCUCUCCAGCCGCUCUGGUUCUUCUCUUCGCUAUCUUUAAACAAUACCCCUCCAUUCCCCGGUUACAUCCUUAUCCCCCCCAGCUAUUUUGUGGUGGAGCUGAGCUGGCACCAUGCGAUGGUUACUCACUCCGCUCCUUGGGGCAGCCAUCUUCCACUCCUUUCUUGUUGCUGCCUCCCGCCUUACCCCUCCCGUUCUCCCGUUGGUAGUGCGGAAUCCAUAUCUUAGCACCUGGCUCGCCAAUGCUCGAGAUGACCCGUGGGCUCACUGGCCCAUGUUCUACACGGGAGAGCACAUGGGACUCUCCCUAAUGGCCUCUGUCCCUGACACAGGAUAUGUAUAUCCGCUGCUUGGACGCCCUCAGGAUUCAUUGACUCCAGUUACGGAUGAGUCUGGCUACAAUAUCUCGUAUCCUACGUAUCUGGGUGCGAAGUACGAUGCUUCCACUACCAACCUAACCUACUCCAUUGCCACAUCCCCAUCUGGAACGUCAGCAGAACCACUUCUCAUUACGCUGUCAUUCUUGUCACCCAUUACUCCGAGUUCUACUCUUCGUCAGUCCAUCCCUGCUGCGUAUGUCACUGUCUUUGUCAAGGGGAACAGGAAUGUUCAUAUCUAUAUGGACUUGAACGGCCAGUGGGUCAGUGGCCACCGGGGGGCUCGCAUUGUAUGGGAUUUCGACCGUAUAAUUCCCGACGAUGGAGGGCCGCCCCUUAAUAGAUGGCAUGUCAAACGCGAAACGGAACAACACUUUACGGAGCACAAUGACCGCUCGGAAUGGGGCAGCCUGUAUAUCGUUGCACCAGAGGGUGUUCGAUACGAAUCUGGGACUUCUGCUCUACUUCGCAAGCGGUUUGCAAGGACUGUGACUUUACAAAAUGUCAAUGAUGAUAUCUUUCGGUCGAUUAUGGACCAGGAGCCCGUCUUUGCCUUUUCUAAGUCAUUCUCUCUCAAUGCGUCAGUCGACGAAGACGCAACUGUUUUGGUGCAAGACAAAGUCACGUUUUCCAUUGCUCAUAUCCAGGAUCCGGUUGUCCAAUUUGCUGCCGCCCGCGGCUUGACCAUGAUGAAACCUCUUUGGCAGUCUUGGUUUAGAAAUGUGGACAACCUUCUUUCCUUUCACUACUCUGACUUCCAAAAUGCAUCCACACUUGCCGCACGCUACUCUAGUCAACUCGAAAUUGAUGCGUUUUUGUCCGGUGCAGAGGAUUACGUUGACAUUGUCGCUCUCUCUGCGAGACAAGUUCUCGGUGCGACGUCAUUUUCAGGGACGGCCGAGAAUCCGAUUCUGUUCCUAAAGGAGAUCUCAUCCAAUGGAAACUGCCAAACAAUCGAUGUUAUCUUCCCCUCUUUCCCGUUUUUCCUAUAUACCAAUCCCAGAUGGCUUGUCUACCUUUUGGAACCAUUGAUAGAACAUAUGCUCAGCGGCCAGUAUCCAAACACUUAUGCGAUGCACGACCUGGGUACUCAUUUCCCUAACAUUACCGGCCAUCCAGAUGGAAGAGAUGAAUACAUGCCAGUAGAAGAAUGUGGCAAUAUGCUGAUAAUGGGACUGGCCGUCGUUAACUCGCUGCGAUACCCCGCAAAGAGCUCUGUGGUCCCCGCUGUAAACACUGAAGAUGAUGAAAAUGUUGGCAUAUUUCCACUCGUAGACCUUGAAUCAUGCGGCAGUAUCGAUAAGCUUGAUAGCCCCUGGGCAAUGACGCCUGACGCAGGUGAUAAGGCUCAGAGGUGGGUCAAAAGGUCCUACAAGCUAUGGAAGCAAUGGACCGGAUACUUGGUCGAAUUUUCUUUACUCCCUGAAAAUCAACUAUCUACCGAUGAUUUUGCUGGAUGGCUGGCACUUCAAACAAAUCUUGCACUCAAAGGAAUUAUUGGUAUCAAUGCAAUGAGCGGGCUUUCCUCAGUUGUCGGGAAUAAGGAUGAUUCUAGGUACUACAAGAAUAUCUCCGACACGUACAUCGCGAAAUGGGAAGAGUAUGGGUUCUCGAGGGAUAAAACUCAUGCUAAACUUUCCUACGACUGGUAUGGUUCUUGGACUACAUUGUACAAUUUGUAUGCAGACUCCCUUCUCUGUUUCCAUUUGGAAGGCUCGGGGAGUAGUCCUUCAAGUGGGAAUGAAGGUUUCGACCACGGCGACCCGCAAAAGCCCCUUGAUCCGCCAAAGAAGGACCAUGAAGGUUUUGUACCUAGGCGGGUUUAUGAACGGCAAUCAAAAUGGUAUCAUUACGUGCGCCAAAAGUACGGGCUGCCGUUGGACAGCCGUCAUCUUUACACUAAGACGGACUGGGAGUUUUUAUCGAUGGCAGUAUCCAGCAAAAACGUUCGCCAUGAAAUCCUUCAGUCGGUUGCUAAAUGGCUCAAUGAAACCGCGACAGACCGCCCCUUCACGGAUCUACAUAAAACCGAAGGUGACGGCGGAUUCCCUGGGCCCAAUUUUUUCGCUCGCCCUGUAGUUGGUGGCCAUUUUGCCUUCCUUGCUCUUGAGAGGGCAUGUAAUGGGAAAGCUAUGGCUGGUUUGAAGUUCUUGGAUGAUGAAGUGUUGGAAGACGGGCCCCCAGCUUGCCAAGGUGACGACUGCCCAAAUGACAAUGAUCAUUAUGAUGAAGACGAUGAGGAUGAGGAUGAGGACGAGGAUGACGAGUAUGAUGAGGAUUAUGACGAUCAUGAUGACUACGAUGAAGCAGCUGCUGGCGUUGCAGGAAGGAAAGGAACUCAAUUCAGAAUGGUGGCCAACAUACCCAAUGCAAACAAUAGAUGGGCUGCUCCUGGUAAUUAGCACCGCUGCUGUUUUCAUGAUGUUAACCAUGCGGCAUUUCUCUUUCCUUUUUUUCUUCUUUUUCUUCUUUUCUUCUUGGUGCUGGGGGUUUACCUUGGGAUUAUUUUGGCUUUUUCCUGGAUUUUUUUGCCCUUUUUUGCUACCCCGCCUAUGGUAUAUAUAUGUCUUUGAUCGGUUUUGGGGCUUGCUUUGAUUGUUCCAUUUUCAAGGCCAAUGGCAUAUUUUCUUGUAGGCUUCCUAGUACGGGUAGUUACGGACUAGCGCCCCGCACCACACGCAUAUAACCCGAGUAGAUAGCUACCAAUAACCAAUACAGCCACUCAGACGUCCAACAGGUUAUGGCCCGGAUUGCUUGUUUUUUUAAUAACCUUCCGCUUUUUCAUUUAUCUGAGGUAUAAAACAUCUUGCGUUCUGCAUCACUGAACUGCAGAAGGAUCCUGACAUAAUGUGACUGUUUUGAAAGCCUUGAUUGCGGGGAAAA